AUGCAGAAAAUCGAAGUGACGGCUGCAGGGGUGAGUAGGGGCCUUUUAGCUUAAUCUCCUUCCUCACUGCCAAGAUUGUGGUUUAUUUCACAGCAAAAAUCAUCAUUGGCGUCAGUUGGUAAGCCUCUCCCUUCCAUCAGACCUCACAUGCUUGCACAUAUGCUGGUGCAGUCGCCUUCCGUUCGCGGCUUCACACAAGCAGCAGGAUCGCAGCCGCAUCAGCCACAAGCCCAGAUGGUGGCUCCACAUGUUCCGAGUGGCUCUUGCGCUUGAAGUGACAAGAAGAGACCCACAAGCGGCGUGAACUGUCAUCUGCAAGCGGCGGUGCGUGCAGGAAACACCGCGAGCGGCUUAAUGUGAAAGCAGCCCGGUUGCUAGUUUAUAAAGCUGGCAGGUGGGAGGCAUGAGGUCCCUGUCCCCAUCAGGGCCCUCGGCCUUACGGCCAUCAGGGGGGCCUCUGCUUCUGCUAACAACCUUGAAGAGCUUAAUAUUGAAAUGAUGGAUGAUAUUCCCAAUAUAAUCUUAUAUUCACCAUUGCCACAAAGAGUUAGGCAUGAUUCCACCUCCAAGAUUGCUGUUAUUGCAACAUGUUUUGAAGACCAUGCCAGAUCCAAGAUGGCUGCUUCAGCUCAACCGGCAAUUUCCACCACCAAGAUGGCCGCUGCCACCUCUAAUAUGGCUACCACUCUUAAAGUUGCAGCAUAUUAUCAGACUAUGCCAGUUGAACUGGCUACAGGUUUGCCUGCAUCAGUUGACAUGCUGAUAAAUCUUAUUCAAAAUCUUAGAGUGGAAUUUAGGAACGAUUUUAAAAAGGAGUUUGACACAAUAUAUAGUUUUAUGACAGACAUAAAUUUACGCACGAAAGAUGUGGAAAUCCGAAUGACCUCCCAAGAACAAUCUCAUCUGGAAUUAUUAGAGAAGGUAAAUGAUCUUCAAAAACAGGUGAACCAGCAAGCAGAAAAAUCAGCUGGUGCGGAAGAUAGGAGCAGAAGAAACAACCUGCGGAUCAGGGGGAUCCCUGAUAACAUCGACAUGGCGGAAUUACCUAAUUAUUUUCAGAACAUGGUAAGGGCAGUUAAGCCAUCUGUUACCAAUUCGGACUUGAUUUUGGACUGCAUUCACAUGUUGCCUAAAAAUAACAGCGCACCUCUAGCUGCACCUAAAGAUGUAAUAGUAUGUAUUCAUUACAAUCAUAUAAAGGAGGAAUUACUGGGUGCAGUUUGCACAUCUGAAUUAUUUGGUGACUACAAAAAUAUGAAGAUCUUUCUGGACUCUUCUGCACACACCAUGAGACGACGCAGGGAAUUUCAACCUUUCACGUCAGAAUUGUGUCGCAGAGGAAUCAGAUACAGAUGGGGAUUCCCUGUAAAGGUUCUCUUUUACAUGGAUGGUCAGAAAUGUGUUGUCUUAUCACCAGACGAGGGGAUCAAAGUUCUUAACUCCAUGAGCAGACGACAGGUGCUCUCAGCUCACACACUUUCACCUUCAACUCCAGAGCAGCCCAAUUGGAGAAGUAAGCUUGAUUCUCCGCAUUGA